CACACCCCAAAAAAAUUUGCCAGAGGAAAGAUUUCUUGGGCGUUUUUCUAGAAUUCAUCAUGAGACUAGUAUUAAUGGCUUUAAUUAUGAUAGUAUCACUUGGAUAUUUUGUCUGCGAUGGAAAGAAAACAAGACUUCGCGGGGUUCAAUGGUGGGCUCUGGCAAAGAUGGGUCAGGCGAGCAAUGACGUUCUACGUCCUACAGAACCCGUUUUUGUGAAUCCCAGCUUACAGCAGUUAACGAGAAGGCAGCGCCGCCUGGUGACAAAAAAUCCCGGUACCGUAUUGGCGGUUGCCAAGGGAGCCAAGAUGGCGAUUGAGGAAUGUCAGUACCAGUUUCAUGACCGGAAGUGGAAUUGCCCAACGUCCGAUAACACCCAUGGAGGAUCCAUUUUCGGAAAGAUUUUACAAAAAGGUUGUCGUGAGACGGCGUUUAUCUACGCCAUAACCAGCGCAGCAGUUGCGCACUCUGUGGCACGUGGAUGUGCGGAAGGAAGUAUUCUGACGUGUGCAUGCGGAGUGACCAGUAAACAACCGAGUGGUCGCGACUGGGAGUGGGGAGGAUGCAGUGAUAAUGCCAAAUUUGGCAACAAAUUUGCGAGAAAAUUCGUCGACGUUGUCGAGAAAGGACGAGACUUUCGGUACAUGAUGAAUUUACAUAACAACGAGGCUGGGAGAAUGCACGUGCGGGCCAAUAUGGCGCAGGACUGCAAGUGUCACGGGAUGUCAGGCAGCUGCACGAUAAAAACCUGCUGGAUGCGCCUGCCAACCUUCCGGAAAAUCGGAACGUAUUUGAAGGAUAGGUUUGACGGAGCCUCAAGGGUGAUUCCAGGUAACGCCGGAAGAGCCACUACCCAAUCAGGCAAUGAAGGUAGUAAUCGGACACCAAACCAGAAGCGGUUCAAGUUCAUCCCCGUUAACCCUUUACACAAACCACCAACGCGGAAAGACUUGGUGUACUUUGAGAAUUCUCCAGACUUUUGCGUCGAAGACAACACCAUUGGCUUUAAAGGAACGAAAGGGAGGGAAUGCAACGCGACGUCGAUCGGCGUGGACGGAUGUGACUUAAUGUGCUGUGGGCGGGGCUACAAGACUGAGACGUAUAUCCACAAGGAAAGAUGCAGUUGUACGUUUCAUUGGUGCUGCCACGUGAAAUGUGACACGUGCACAAGGACUAGAAUGAGGCACACUUGUCUCUGAGUUUCCGUUUCAACUGUGACGUCAUAUACUGUUUCCCGCUUGACUACCAGAUUUACAGACUCACUAUGUUGUUGUUGCUGUUGCUGUGGUUGUUGUUGUCGCUUGGUGCAAUGUUGGCUGAAGUUCAAGGAAGUGCAAUUGACCGCGGAAUCUGAAUAAAACAGUUACGGCUGUCGCCAACAUAAAAUUGGCAAACGGACGACCUCACGAGGAAAGUGCAAGGUGCCGUCUGGACAACUUUUCAUGAACUAUUCACAUCCGUGUUAUUACUGAGUAAAUCCAGUUCUUGUCCGCUGUUGCCCCCGUCCACAUGAGCCGGAAUGUGGACUUUGUGGACGUGACGGUCACAUUGUUGUGUAGCAAAUCACAAGAACCGAGGCUGAUAUGGACACAUGCUGAAGUGUAGAGGAUUUUGUCUGCGAUGCCAACAUAUCAGUUCAGCUAGCUUAAAGCGGUGCAAUAGCUGAGAGGGAGUCGAAAGGUGACGGUUAUCAACUGUGACAAGAAAAAAAUGUAUUUAUAACUUAGUGGUGAAAUUAUUUUUUAAUCCGCUGCUUCGAUAUGCGAAGAUUUGUUUAUAACAUAAAAUGCUGUACAUAUGUAUUUUUACCAUGUCGACACGGCUAUGCAAAUUAGGUGUAUAGAAUUCGCCAGGAGUAUCACAUUGUAUAUAUUUAUAUAUUCCAUAGACAGAUCACCAUUUUAUGGAGGAGUAUAACACAGGAUGUUAUCGGCGAAAAUUCUGUCAAACUUUUUGAAAUCAUUUCCGCGAUAAUUUACAACGAUUUCUGUCAUACAUACUUUCAACAUCGUUAUUAUUGUCGUGGUCUUUAAAUUAUAAUUAACAUUAGACCUGUGUAGUUUAGUAUGAUAUCAUCGGCGAAGUAUGCAGACCGUCGACAGAGCUUUGAGGUUGUGCUCAUAAAACUCUUUUGCAAGUCUGGUAAUAUCACACCACAUCGUGGUAAUUUAAUACAACGAAGCGUUUGUUAUCGAUGUCAACAACAUUUUAUUUCUGUUGUUUUCACCUGUAUUUGAAAUUUUGAUGGGUGCUAGUGGACAGGCCGUUACAUACCUCAUAAAACACGAUAUUUUCUGCAUACUUCGUGAGGAAAAUUUACCCUCUGCCCAUACAGUGAAUGAAGUGCCUAUUUAAUAAACAUAGCUGUCUGUUCAUCACGCGUGAGGUAUUUUCUGUUUCUAAUAUAAUACUUAUGUACUUAUUAUCAGAUAAGGCUUACAUAGGUUUUGAUGAAAUAUUUACACACUAUAGUUUAAAAAUAUCCUUAAUUAGACAAAAACCUUCAUAGAGGCUUUAUUAUAAGAUAUGUAUAGCGCACACGUAAUACGCGGCACGCUAUUCCAAUAUAUUUGAUUUGUUACCAUAAAAGUAGUGCGCUUCAGUGACUACUUCCGCUGUGUAGUUCGGUUUACUCACACACUAGGGUAUUGCUAUAUUUCUAAGCAAACCGAGACGUCCCCACCACCUUUAUCACAAUUUAUCAAAACCAAUAUGAAGUCGAUAUGCAAAAAAUUCAGCCAAUUUGAAAAAAUAUACGAAAUGUUGAGAAAAUAAAGCUCUGUGACCGUAUUCUUUUGUUUGUUUGUAGUCCAAAUAUUCCGCAAGCUUUUGUGUUCAUUUAUCAAAGUGUUUCACUCUUCUCCCACUUCAUGCGGAUUGUCCGAGUUGGCACGUGGGAAAAAAGUAAUUGUAUUUAUUAUGCGAAUGUAAAACCAAAACACGAGAGAUUUCUUUCAAAGUCACGUGGACUAUAACGUACGUUGCUUCCAUUCUUUGUUGUUGUUGUUGUUAUAUGUGUACGAACAAGAUCCAUAUUUUCCUGAUGGUUUGUGUUGUUUUGUUAGUGCGUUGAAUUUUGUACAUAGCGUUCCCUGUCCUAUUUAUUAAUCUAUGUCUGAUGUGUUGAAAUGUUCAUGCCUGAUGAUUAUGUUAAUAAAGCAUACAA